GCGCGCGCACACACCUGGUGGCGAAAAGUUACCUGGAUAGUUUCUUUGAACCAAUAAGUUAACUUAUAAAGACCCGGCAGCGAUGACAGCCGAGCGCACUUCACCUCGGACUGACUGAGACGCGCGUCUCGCCGCGUCGCAUCCAAACCGCUCGACCCUUCAGUGAGGAUGAGGAGGACCGACAGGAUGAAUUCCGCUUUCAUACUCGUGUUACUUGGACUGGUUGGAGCUGUGGCCAAUAAGGAGGGUUGUUUGACGGGUCAGUAUACGGCCGGUGGAGAAUGUUGCGAGCAGUGCCAGCCCGGUGAGGGCGUCGUCAAACCGUGCGGAGUCACGCAGACGGCCUGCGCCCCCUGCCUCGACAGUGAAACCUUCUCAGAGAACUUCAGCCACACAGAGAGAUGUCAGACCUGCACAAUAUGCACAGGCCAGUUCCGCAUGAAGGCGCCCUGCACGGAUUCCAACGACGCCACCUGUGUUUGCAACUACGGCUACUACAUGAAUGAACUCUCUCAGCGGUGUGAACCCUGCACCAGAUGCCCCGAAGGCAGGGGCAUGCUCUUCAGCUGUGCGUCGGACCACGACUCCGUGUGCGAGGAGUGCACCGGGGACACCUACUCGGACCAGGAGAGUUCCCGGGAGCCCUGCAUGCCCUGCACCACCUGUGAUGAUGCGGAGGUGCUUCAGCUCUGCACCUCUUUCACUGACACCGUUUGUCAAGUUACUCCAGCUUACGAUUAUGUGUCUCCUACGACCUUUUGGGGUAACUUCACGGCCACCGAUGAAGACUUCCCACCAGACACCCCCCCGCCGGAGGUGCCUAGAGACACCACCACCACCACCAAUAGGGAUUCCAAGGAGCCGAUCUACCAUCUGAACGACAAGCUCAUCCCCAUCUACUGCUCCAUCCUGGCAGCUGUUGUCGUCGGCCUCCUCGCCUUCAUCAUCUUCAAGAGGUGGAACAGCUGUAAGCAGAACAAGCAAGGAGCCAAUAACUGCACGGUCAACCAGAACCAGACGCCGUCACCCGAAGGAGAGAAGCUGCACAGUGACAGUGGCAUUUCAGUAGACGGCCAGAGUCUGCAGGAGCAGCAGGGCCAGACUCAGGCUCAGACAGUCGUCACCAUCGACGAAGAGCCUUGUUUGCUCCUUCCUCUCAAAACCAGAGAGAAGGUGGAGAAACUGCUGUUCGGCGGCGGAGACGACCGCAAACACAUGGAGGACAGCGACUGGUGCAACCUGGCCAGCCUCCUGGGAUACGAGGAGGAGCGGAUCGCCACCUUCCAGCAGGAGGAGCACCCCGUCCGCUCGCUCCUGUCCGACUGGGCGAGCAAGGACUGCGCCAGCGUCGACACGCUGCGCACGGCGCUGCGCAAGAUCAACCGCGACGACAUCGCCCAGAGUCUGGCGCUCAGCCCGAGCGCCGCCAAGCCCACCGCCACUUCCGUCGUGUGAUCGAAGCCCGACUGCGAGCCGCGAUCGCCCUAAUAUUCCUCCGUGGCCUCCUUCGCUUUGAGCUAUUCCCUCAUGGAAGCCAGGAGUCAAAUACUCCACGAGUCCUGAAGAAUCAUUUCAUGUUUAUUUUAACGAGGGAGAGGCCAGAAAUUAAGACAAAAACUGAUUGGAUAUCAAUGUACCCAAUCAAGCCAAAACCCUUCACGUAACCUUCAGGAUCUGCUUGUAAUCAUUCUCACAUGUAAAACUCACACAAUUCGACGCCGAUGUGGAAGGAAAUGAUGUUGAAUCAUUCAGUGUUCGUGUCCACCUGCCUUUCCACAUCAUACGACACCCAGUUCGCCGUUCUCCGGCUUUAUUAACCAUCCAGCAGCAGUGAGAUUUAAACUGAAUUCAUUCUGGAUACCUGGCUCUUAUAAUCCCACAAUUUGAUCCUCUGCUUCUUCAUUCAUAAAUAUUCAUUGUCAUAGUCAAUUUGUCCCAUAUUAUAUCAUUCAUAAACCAUUAUUGUAUCUUAAAAUGUUACCAAUCUACGCUACCAAAGAGGAGUAAACGUCUCAAGAGCAGACAAGCAACAUUAUUUACACGCCAUGUCAGACUAUUUCAAUGUAAGUUGUCAAAUGACGAGUAUCUGUCCCUGCACACCACAGAGGAACUGGAUCUUUGCAAACAUGACAAUCCGAGGAAGGACGCUUGGACGCUUUUCAAAUGAACCGCUUCUCCUUUUGCAACAACAAAAGUCCAGCUGCUUACUCUUAUUUUAAAUAUGUGUAUUAGAUUCAAGACACUGAGCUGCAGCACACGGAUUCUCACUAACUAGGUUCUGCAGUUUAUCUGACAAGUGCUAUGAGAACUGACUUUGCCAAGGUGGGGGUCUGUGGGUCGGGUCGUUGCCCGGGGCGACACGAGACGCUGUGUGCGUCACACAGGAGCUCCCACACACACUCACUCAUCCUGACCCAGAAGAGGAACGCACGGGAAAUCCAACUGCGUGUACAGUGUGUACAUGGGCAGACAAACACACACACACACACACACACACACACACACACACACCUACAUUAUGCAACAAUGCAUGUACUAUUCAAACAAACACACAGAGUACAUGUAUACAUUUACAUACUUAUUCAUUGUACACACAGAACACUUUAAAUCCUGCCAUAUUCUGAACGGACAACUCACAUACAUUGGUUAAAAUCCAUAUAAUUUGCAAUGUGUGCUCUAGAUGGCAAAAUGCUACCUGACAUUAAACAGCAUGCAUACACUAGCAACUCAUUGUGAGCCAGUGCAUACCAAGAAAAACAAAUACACAAUCAGGAUGCAGAAAAAAAAUGUUUUGCUUAAUUUCUCAGGGUACUUGAAUGAUUGUGUUACUGCAUCAAUAUUACACUUAUUAUUGCACCCUCUAUAGACGCUGUGUUUAUCGAGAGCAGAGGCUCUUGACAAUCCUUCAAACAGGUGAAUAAGAGAGGGGAACGGGCCAGAGGAUGGAGAAAAAGGGUGUCUUGUUUCCUCAUUGUUUGCAACAAUGACCUCUGGAUAAAAGGCAAGUCAGUGGAGACAUAAGUCAAAGGAUGUGGGAUGAUCGGACUGAGGGGAAGCGGAGCAGUUUUGGAUUACUUAAAUGUAAAGGUGAAACCCAGGAUACACCGUUUUAAUUUAAUCCGCUUGUUUAAGCAUGCAUUGUGUUGUGCUGCAACCGCUUGGUUUGAAUUUGUCAAAAUGUACUUCAAAAAUUGUGUUAUGUUGAUAUUAUAUUGCUGCCAACUGAGGACCACUCGCCCCUUUUAUGUUUUCUUUCUUUUCGGGGGAACAUUUUUUGAAGGAUCAAAUAGUUUACUGUGCUAAACUUAUCUGUCAUGUUGAGGUACAGAUUGUACAUUGUUACUAACCACUAGCAUACGAAGCAUCAUGCUGUAGUGUUACUUUAAAUGAAGGUAUUCUCACUCUACUCUCGAAGCAUUGUUGUAAUUUAAUUCUUCAAUAACAACUGUAUUAUGUUUCUCUUAUUGUCAUAUAGAUUCUAGUAAUUAAAUGUUUAAAUUUGUAUGUUUUGCAUCCCAAGUGCCUGGGAACUAUUUCAGGUGUCCGCUGAUGUUGUACAUGUGUUAUUUUUUAGCUGUUUUUGUAAGUAUAUUUUCUUUAGUUGUCAUAUUUUGUACUUGUAAAUAAUUUGUCUUUUUCUAGUUUUUAUUUUAUUUCAAGUUUAGAAGACUCUACUGUACAAUAUCUUGAAGGGGACGUUGUUACAAUAUCAAUGCUGUUCUAGUUUAAAAGGGUACAGAGGACAAAGGGAACGUAUAGGGGCCUUUGUGAGGUAGGAUACUCUUCACCACCAGGUGUAUCCUGUUCAUGUUAAUUACCUGUCCACCAAUAGGGAACACAUUUAAAAUACCUUUAAGGCCAAUCAGAACCGGAAAGGCUAUAAUCGUCCAUUUGGAAGAACACCAUCUUCCACCAAACUCAACAUAUACAACAUUAAAAAACCCAGUGGUGGGAAUACAGUGAGUCCUUCAGUUUACAGUAGGACAUUUUUGGAAAUGUGCUUAUUAGCUUUUUUUGCAGAGUGAGUAGAGAAGAGCAUCACCACUAUGCGUACGGUUAAUAUCAAAGGCAACCGCCAGCAGCCGCUUAACUAAGCAUAACGACGAGGAACAGGAGACACGUUUAGCAUGGCUCGGGACAAAGGUAACUCGAUCUGCAGGCCAGCACCAAGCCCCCAGGAAUUUUACAGAGUAGCCAACUGGUUGAAUUACAAUUUCCUGGUCCGCCACGGGAUGCCACCGGGCCCAAACAUUGUUUCCCACAGACGUACAUUGGGAAAGAGACAUCGGAAAGAUUAUUGUCAAUUUUUUUCCGCUUGAUACCCUUGAUUAAAUAUUUAGUUUAAAAUCAAAAGUUUCAGAAUGGACUGAUGGAUGAAUCCAUUUGUUUUCCUCUGUUCUUGUGAGUUAACAUGCGAGCUGUUUUUCGGUCUUCCUGCUAGGCUACGCUAACUGGCUGCUGGUCGUAACUGUACAUUUAUCAAACAGACAUAUUAUUUGAAGUUACACAACACUAAAUAUGACGUGUUAUCAAGGUUGAGCACACUUUCAACGAAGGUUUUCAAUAUUAGCCUUCCACAUAUUACUCACUAAAAAAGCCCUUUGUUCAUUGUACUCAAACUUCCUCAACACUAUCUUCAGAGUUGUGAAUUGUGACUGAAGAUGGAGAUGUUUUCCUUGGACAGCAUUUGUUUAGUUUAAUAGAUAUGAGUUUAAUUGAGUUAACAGUGAUAUUAAAUUGUAUGUACAAUAAACCCAACUGAAGGUGAA